GAGACUGAGUUAGUGCAGGCCAAGGACAGGGAGAUAACUCUGCUUCAGCAGCAACUGGGGCAAAAGCUACAUGCAGAUGAUCCUAUUCUCACGCAAACCUCUUUUGGGUACAUCACCGAAGCAAAUGGACUUCAUCUGGGAAGAAGCUGACAUCAGUCUGCAUUUCCCUGCCGCUCGCUGUCCAGUGACAACUGGUCUUCUGCUCCAGCCACACCUCACAUCAUGCUGUGGUCAACACCUCUCAGAGGAAGCUGUCAGCAGAAUACAGGGAGAGGGAGGGGCAUGCCCGCUAUGCAAUAAGGAGGAUUGGAGCACAAUGUUUAGCAAGCACUUCCAGCGUCAAGUGAACUCGCUGCGUGUGUUCUGUCGUCACAAGGACAGAGGGUGUGGCUGGCAGGGAGAGCUGGCUUCCCUUGAUCGUCACGUCACGUCCUGCUCCAUGAAAGAUGCUCCACAAAUAGAAGAACAGCCAACACUUCACGCGAAUGAAGAUAACAAGAUAAUUGUUGCGGGUGUUCCUAUUCUCGGGGCACAAAAGUUUUGGUACACUGGUAAGCAAAUGGACUUCAUCUGGGAAGAAGCUGGCAUUAGUCUGCAUUUCCCUGCUGCUUUCUGCGAGAGAGACAUAAAGAUUUCCGUUGGAAUCUUCACAGACCUCGAACAAAAUUGUAUCCUACCUCAGCUCAUGCCUAGGGCAAGUUCGACAUAUGAGAUUAAAGCAAGUGCCCCGCUGCCUGCUCCAGUCAGAGUGAGGAUAGAACACUGUGCAAUUGUAGAGAAAGAAAACUCUUUGGUCCAUAUGGUAGCACACGGUGGUGCCCCCUACCAAUUUAAACCUUUGCACGGUGGACAUUUUCCACUGAAUAAAAUCAUAUGGGGAAAUAGAAAUGGAGGAAUUUAGCAUUUUGACGAUUCUAUAUAACAUUUUCAAAACCAGAAUAGUGUUAGCUGUUUUUGUUGCUCACAUGAAGGAGAACAAUACCAUUCACUUUUUAGUAACAAAAAACACUCCAGCAAACUGUACGGCUGUACAAAACAAGUACACAAAUGCAUCAAGUCUUCAAUCGCAUACCAUGCGGUACUUCUACAGAACAACUGAAAUUUCACUUUCAAUACGAGAACUUUCUCCUGAUUGCGACGGAUGGAUCAUUAAACCAAGUUGCAAACCGGCAGUAGUCGACAUGCUUGCCGUCCACACCUACGAACCAGGUAGUGUAAUCCCAAAAAUCGAACUGAAACUGAAAUGGCAUGGGAACUGGAGAGCCCAAAGAGCAAGAAGUUGAAAUUGGAGUACAGGGAGUGAGAAUGGAAUCGUUCACUUUGUCCUGUAAACCGCAAAACCCCGAGCAAUCAGCCCCUGUUCUUCCCCAGCAGUCGUUGCCCCAGCCGCAAAACCAGUCGUCGCCCCAGCAACCCUCCCCAAGUACAUCACCACUACAGCAGCCUACAGACAGACCUACUCUACAACUGCUUCUGAGUUUCCCAACAAAAUCAGGAGAUCCCAUUAACAUCAUUGAAAGGAUUGGAACAGCAUACCGCAAACUUGCGAUUAUUCUACUGGAAGAUAAACACGGAUCACUUAUAGACACCAUUGAAGCCGCACACAGAUCUGAUCCUAAUCGAAUAACUGAAACUAUUCUACAAAAGUGGCUUGAAAAAAAACCACGAAGUUGGAGUGAACUCGUUGCUGCACUAAGAACAAUAGAACAUGGUGCAUUGGCAAAUGACUUGGAAGAAAAUUUUUAAAUUUCCAGCAAAGCAUUUGGUUAGGAAGAGGGAAAGUUUCUUAAUCUAUACUGUAUCACCUCUUGUAGCAAUGGUUUUAUACACGUAUGUGACCAUUUAUUUGAUAUUCUAGAUUUGUAUCAUAAUCCAUGACACCAUCUGUUUAGACAUGUCAUUAUGAAUACCGGACAAAAUUCAUUAUACAAUUUCGUAUGUACAGUAAUGGAAAGAGUGUAUAUACAAUUGUGAUUGCA